AUGACUCCCUCUCGACGACCAUGUCGACCUCAACCUCAACAACAACCACCCACAUUUAAGAAUGAUCCCAUAUCCAUGAUAGAGAAUGAAAAUGGCAAGAAGAAGAACGACCAUGUGAUGACAACAAGGUUCCGAUCGAAUCAUCAUGGUGGUGGUGGUCAAUGUGGUGGUGGUCAUCAUGGUGACCCUAGUCGUACGAGUAGUAGUAGUAGUGAUCAGCUCUCUCUACCAUCACCAUCACCAUCAACACGAUCACCAUCAACAACAACACGAUCAACAUUACAACCUCAUCCAUCUCAUCUUGUUGAUCCACAACAAGCACUCAACACUCAUGAGACACACAAACUGCUUGUGAAUCACAACAAGAAGGAUCCAAAAACCAACAACAACACUCUCUCCAUUCUUUAUCAAUCUCUCAAAUCAUUCAUGAAUCGUUAUGUCAUUGUACCAACACUUUGUCUUAAUCAAUUUAUUGUCAAUAAUAUUUAUCAUCCUAUGAGUAGUAGUAGUAGUAUGAAUGGUGAUAUGAAUGGUGAUAUGAAUGGUGGUGAUCAGAAGAAUGUUGUUUCUGGUGUUGUGAAAUACAUUCAAUCCUUGAAUCGAAUCAUUCAAUUAAUGAAAUUAAUUUAUGAAAAUUAUUAUCAUACCUCAUGUUAUUUAGGGGAAAGUCAUGGUGAAAUAUUACUUGAUUCUCAUUUCAUUGAGAGUAUUGUCCUUUUAAAUUUUAUAUUUGGAAAUGUAAAAUAUUUACAAAUAUUAUAUUUUAAUGGAAAAAGAAAUGCACAAAUUGAAAAUCAAAUGGAAUUAUUAAAUGUAUUAUUAAAUACUCUAAUUGUAGAACCUAUGAAUACUACACCUCAUGUUGAUAUGAAACCAUCAUCAUUUGAUGACAGUGAUCCUAUUUAUAGAAAUAUGAAUAAUACUAUUUAUAGAAAUAAUACAACCACAACUAGUGUCAAUGAUCCUAUCAUACAUCAAUCCUCUGAGACAAAUCCUCUCACUACUCUCUAUCAUCAACUUUUACAAAUUGUUAUUGAAAUGAAUUGGAAAGAAAUUUAUCAAGAACAAUAUUUAACACUAUUCUUUGCAUUCAAACAAACAAAUCUUCAACAAUCUCUCAAACAAGAAUUCGAUGAAAAUAUUCUCUCUCACUUUUUAGAAACAACUUCUCAACAUUUAUCUCAAUUACGACAACAAUUCAAGUCUGAAUGUUCCAGUAAUUACUUGAAGAAGAAACAUCAUCGAAAUUAUCAUCAAACAAGAUCUUGUUGCAUUACAACUGCUGAACAUUCUCAACAAUCAACCAAUGUCUUGUUUCAAUCCUUUCAACAGGAAUACAAUACUCUAAUGAAAGUGUGUCAAUUAAUUGAACAUGCUCAACAGAUUGCUUAUUUAAUAGAUUUAUUAUUGAAUUUAACAUGUUUAAUUAUUAAAACAUCCAAUCAUGAAUACAGACAAGUGAGUGACAUUUUGCAAGAUAAAUGUAAUGAACUAUUGGCCAUAGGUGCUAAAAUUAGAUUAUAUUGUGAAAGUAAUAUUCGAAAUAGUAGUCGAAAUAGUAAUAGUAGUCAAAGUAAUAUUCGAAAUAGUAAUACUAGUCAAAGUAAUAUUCGAAAUAGUAAUAGUAGUCAAAGUACUAGUAGUCAAAGUAAUAUUCGAAAUAGUAAUAGUAGUAACAAUCAAAUCAACGACAAGAACAUGUAUAAUCAUAAUAAUACUCAGCUUUAUCAAUUACAAUUUCGAUGGAACAAAUUAAUGAAAUUGAACAACAAGAAUCAUGACUCAUCCAUAUUGGGAGUAACAACAUCAUCAUCACCACCACAAGCAUCCAUGAUGAGUGAUCUCAAUACUACUACUUCUUCUUCUUCUGAAUUGUUGCAUUCAACUCUUCCCAAAUAUCAAUCGUUUCAUCUUUUAGAACAAUUAGAACAAGAAUUGAAUCAACUUGAAGAUUUCUUAACAAAUUCUAUUGCUAGACAAGAAUUGUGUUGUGUGGAAUAUUUAAAAUCGAAUCGAUAUGCUCCUCUUACAAAGAUGGAUCCAAAGAAUGGAAAUAUCCUUUGGAAUUCUCAAGUGAUUAAUAGUGGUGUGAAUAUUCAUCCAACCACAACAACCACAUACUUUCAUUGGAACAGCAGUGGUGGUGGAGGUGGUGAUGGUGGAGAUAGUUUGGAUGAACUCUUCGCUGUCAUUCCAUCUUACUUGGUGUUGAACGCCCGCCAAAUUUUAUAA